AUGGCCAGCCAGUUAUGCCUCCCUCUCGCCCCGAGCCUCUCAUCCUUGAAACCCUUGAAACUGCACUCCGGAGACAUCAAAGCGGGCAUCUGUGUGGCCAUCCAACGCAGCGACGGGCGGAUCCAACUGGCUGUGGUCACGGAGGUCAAAAGAGAACAGGCUUGUGUCACAGUAGAGUGGUUUGAAAAGGGAGUCAAAAAAGGCAAGAAGAUCGACCUAGAGACCAUAUUCCUGCUGAAUCCAGCACUGGCCACUGUUGAGUACACCAUGCCAUCCGGACUUUUGUCUGCUUUGCCUCUAGCACGCUCUUCGGCCAUCGGGGACCAGUGUAUGGCCUCACGGUGGAUUACAAAGAUCCCGCAGAAAAACGAAACGCCCUCGGGGGAUAGCCUGUCCAUGCGAGUUCCCAGCAAUCCUUGUGUGAUGAGAAGGAAAAAGUCUCCCUGCCUGCGUGAAAUUGAGAAACUACAAACACAGAGGGAGAAGCGCAGACGCCUGCAGGUAGAGAUCCGAGCACAACGUGCCCUCAAUGUCAAUACGGGGAACCCCAACUAUGAGAUCAUGCGUAUGAUCGAAGAGUCCCGGAAGCAGCUGGACCCCAGCAAGAUGGCUGGCCUGGGGCCACGAGAAGGUCAUCGAAUCUGCGUCUGCGUGAGGAAGCGGCCUCUCAAUCAGCAAGAAACCACCAUGAAGGACCCGGACAUCAUUACCAUCCCCUCAGACAAUGUGGUCAUGGUCCAUGAGUCCAAGCAAAAGGUAGAUCUCACUCGCUACCUGGUGAACCAGACCUUCUGUUUUGAUCAUGCCUUCGAUGACACAGCCUCCAAUGAAUUAGUAUACCAGUUCACAGCACAGCCAUUGGUAGAGUCCAUCUUCCGCAAGGGCAUGGCUACCUGUUUUGCCUAUGGGCAGACAGGUAGCGGGAAAACGCAUACCAUGGGUGGAGCCAUUUCAGGAAGUGAACAAGACUGUUCCAAAGGCAUUUAUGCCCUGGUGGCACAGGAUGUCUUCCUCCUGCUUAAAACGUCUGCUUAUAAAAAGUUGGGCCUCAAAGUCUAUGGAACAUUCUUUGAGAUCUAUGGGGGCAAGGUGUAUGAUUUGUUGAAUUGGAAGAAGAAACUGCAAGUCCUCGAGGAUGGCAAUCAGCAGAUGCAGGUGGUUGGGCUGCAGGAACAGGAGGUGUGUUGUAUAGAAGACGUUUUGAGCCUGGUGGAACAAGGGAACAGCUGCCGGACCUCUGGACAGACGUCAGUCAAUGCCCACUCUUCCAGAAGCCAUGCUGUGUUCCAGAUCAUCCUUAAGUCAGGAGGGAAACUGCAUGGCAAAUUUUCUCUAGUUGACUUAGCUGGGAACGAAAGGGGAGCAGAUACUGCCAAAGCCAACCGUAAAAGGCAGCUGGAAGGUGCAGAGAUCAAUAAGAGUCUGCUGGCACUGAAAGAAUGCAUCCGGGCAUUGGGUCAGAACAAGCCUCACACCCCUUUCAGAACCAGCAAGCUCACACAGGUGCUCCGGGAUUCCUUUAUAGGCCAGAACUCCUGCACUUGCAUGAUUGCUACCAUCUCUCCAGGGAUGACUUCUUGUGAAAACACCCUCAACACACUAAGAUAUGCAAAUAGAGUAAAAGAAUUAAGUCUAGAUGUAAGGCCCCCACAUCGUUAUCUCAGUCUGGUUGAACCUGAGGUGCCAAGGAUGUUAGAAAAUCACAUAGAAAAUUCUGAAAUGUUCCUUGAGAGGGAUGAAUUUGCUGAAAUACCUCAUAUACAGAAUGAGGAAGUAGAGAUUAAAAAAACGGAAAUAUUAUCCACUCCAUUAAUGGGAGACACGACCUCUUCAGGGAAGAAAGCAAGCCAGUGUUCUGGGAGCAAUAUCCAGGGAACAGCUGCUGGGGUAAACUAUAAUGUUGAUUUUUGGAUUGCCCAGUUACUGUCCAUUUUGGAUCAGAAAAUAGGUAUUCUCACUGGGAUUCAAAAUAAACUCAAAUUAUUAAGGGCUGAUCUCCAAAAGAAGAGUAAGGUAGACUGA